GUUUUCCCAGGUUGUAUCACCUGAUUCCAGAUGGGGAAAUUACCUGCAUUAAGAUCAGCCGUACUGAUCCCCAUGAAAACUUGGCCAUUAGGAUUGUGGGAGGCAGUGAGACCCCUUUGGUUCACAUUAUUAUACAGCAUAUUUAUCGAGAUGGGGUGAUUGCCAGAGAUGGAAGAUUGCUGCCUGGAGACAUGAUACUGAAGGUAAAUGGCAUGGACAUCAAAAAUGUGCCUCACAACUAUGCCCUGUCAAUCCUGAAGCAGCCCUGCCACGUGCUCCGACUGACAGUGCUCCGAGAGCAGAGGUACCGAUGCCGAAACAGUGGACUCUCCCUUGAUGCUCACUGCAAUAGGGAUGACAGUUUCCAUGUUGUGCUGAACAAAAGCAGUCCAGAUGAGCAGCUGGGAAUAAAGCUGGUCCGCAAGGCUGAUGAACCAGGGGUAUUUAUUUUCAACUUGCUGGAAGGUGGCAUGGCUGCCCGUGAUGGACAACUUCAGGAGAACGACCGGGUGUUGGCCAUCAAUGGGCAUGACCAUCGGUACGGCAGUCCAGAGAGUGCAGCCCAACUGAUACAGGCCAGCGAGAAGCAGGUUCACUUCGUGGUGUCACGGCAGACCAGGCAGCAGACCCCUGACAUCCUGCAGGAGACGGGCUGGAGUUACAGUGGCAGUGGCCUCCAGCCCUGUCCUUCUGACAGAAACAACCCUGGCAAGAGCACUCUCCACACUGUCACCUGUCACGAGAAGGUAGUGUCUGUCCGGAAGGAUCACACAGAGUCACUGGGAAUGACUGUAGCAGGAGGAGCAUCUAACCGGGAGUGGGAUUUGCCUAUCUAUGUGAUAAGUGUUGAACCUGGAGGAGUUAUCAGCAGAGACAGCAGGAUAAAAACAGGUGACAUCCUCCUGAACGUGAACGGGAUUGACCUGACGGGAGUCAGUCGGAGUGAGGCCGUGGCCCUGCUGAAGAACACCAACUCCUCAGUGGUGCUCAAAGCCCUGGAGAUGCGAGCGUGCGAGGCCCAGGAGGAGCAGGGUUGCCUGCCACCCCCAGAGGCCACACAGGCAGCCUCUGAGAGCAGCGAGUGGUCACCUUCCUGGGUGAUGUGGCUGGGGCUGCCACGGUAUUUGUACAGCUGCAAAGAAAUUGUAUUACGAAGAAAUACAUCUGGAAGUCUUGGCUUCAGCAUCGUAGGAGGUUAUGAAGAACAGACUGGGAACAAACCAUUCUUUAUCAAAUCCAUUGUUGGGGGAACACCAGCAUAUAAUGACGGCAGAAUUAGAUGUGGUGACAUCCUCCUUGCUUUGCAAUUACCAGGUGAAGGUUUUUAUCCAACACAUUAA